CGAAGUAAACAUUAAACAAAGUCAACACUCAGAAACCCAGCAAAAACAACAAACAAAAACCAGUGCCCCUUCUCUCAAGUCUCAACCUCGUUCUAAUCGCCCCAAAUCUCUCUCUUCUUUCUCUCUCUCUCUCUAGCUUCUCCUUCUCUUUCUAGUAAGUCUACACCAUAAACCCUAAUGCUCUGCACUGCAAAACCUCUAUAACCCACUUACAUUCUCUCUCUCACUUUUUGGUAGAUUUGGGUUUAAAGGUUUGAUAUAUGAUGUGAAAAAUGGAGGGUCAAAGUAAAGGGAGCUCAAGCGAGGGUCGCCCUCCGAACCCUCUCUCCGCCGCUACCGCCACCGCCUACCGCCCCUGUUUCAGCACCGACCGCCUCCCUCUGCCUUGUAACAAAUCUCUCAUUCGCCACCCUUCUCUCAUGAAGAGUAAGGCCUCGGAUGUGUGUGUGGAACCGGGGCAUGGUCUAGAGAAUUGUGAGUCUGAGUUCAUCCCAAUUGUUCGCUCUGGGGCGUGGGCUGACAUGGGGUUUCGUACAAAAAUGGAAGAUGUAUAUGUUUGUGUUGACAACUUUGCUCGGGAUUAUGGGCUCGAGAAUUUUACUGAUGCGCCCAAUGCCUUCUACGCAGUGUUUGAUGGGCAUGGUGGAAAGCAUGCUGCUGACUUUGCUUGCUGUCAUUUGCCAAAGUUCAUUGUUGAGGAUGAAGAUUUCCCAAGGGAUAUUGAAAGGGUUGUUGCUUCGGCAUUUCUGCAAACUGACACUGCCUUUGCGGAAGCUUGCUCCUUGGAUGCUGCCCUUGCAUCUGGCACUACUGCUUUGGCAGCUCUUGUUGUUGGAAGGUUGUUGGUGGUGGCAAAUGCUGGAGAUUGUCGAGCAGUGCUGUGCCGCCGUGGCAAAGCAAUUGAAAUGUCGAGGGAUCACAAACCACUUUGCAUCAAAGAGAUGAAACGAAUCGAGGCAUCUGGAGGUUAUAUAUACGAUGGCUACCUCAAUGGACAACUUAAUGUUACUCGUGCUUUGGGAGACUGGCAUAUGGAAGGAAUGAAAGGUGGGGAUGGUGGGCCACUCAGUGCAGAGCCUGAGCUUAAGUCCACAAAAUUGACGGAGGAAGACGAAUUCCUCAUCAUAGGUUGUGAUGGAAUCUGGGAUGUGUUUAGGAGUCAAAAUGCUGUGGAUUUUGCUCGGCGCAGACUUCAGGAGCAUAAUGACCCAGCCUUGUGUAGUAAGGAUCUGGUUGAUGAGGCUUUGAAGAGGAAGAGUGGGGAUAAUUUAGCUGCUGUUGUGGUCUGUUUUCAACACCAGCCUCCCCCCAACUUGGUCGCCCCACGCUCUAGGGUGCAGAGGAGCUUUUCUGCAGAAGGUUUGAGGGAGUUGCAAAGCUUCUUAGAUAGUUUGGCAAAUUGAGAUGGUGACACAGCUUUCCUCUUCUUUUUUUCUUUCUUAAAUUAUUUUUUAAUCGUUUUAAUUCAGAAAUUUAUUGUAGUUUUAGUUUUAGAUGCUGAGGGAGAAUCUUGAGUCCCAACUGUAACAUAUGCGGCAGCAAGUCAAUAACAUGAUUUGUUGUUUCCUUUGAAGUUGAUUUAUCUUAUGUCUGCCUUAGUUCAGGCAUUUCCUGAUUCGGAAAGAUUUAUUCCUCGAUGUCUUGGAUUAUAACUGUAAAUUAAUUUAUUUGACUGUUUAGAUCUU